AUGGAAUUAGUAGAGAGAGCCAAAGGAGUUUUGGGCGAUCUCGAUUUUCUUAUAGAACAAUCGGUACCCUCAGGCCAAUCCAGUCAGGCAGGAGUAUCCGAAGUAUCAGACCAGUUAUCCCAAGUCACAAAUAAAACCGAGCGGCAGAUCCCGCAGAUUAUUAAACAAGAAAACAAAAUCCCAGUUUAUCCUAUAGAAGCCAGACUUCCAGAGCUUAAAAUGGAUCCCUUCCAUGGAGAUCCCAAGAAGUGGACCACCUUUUGGCAACUUUUUUCAGCGAACAUUGAUUCCCGUCCCAUGGAUAAUAUCAGAAAAAUGAGUUACCUUCUCGCCUUCCUUCAGGGUUCAGCUAAAGAAUUAGUAGCUGGAUUUGUCCUUUCCAAUGAGAAUUAUGACCGAGCCUUAGAUUUGCUCAAAUCACGUUAUGGAAAUAGCCGGGCCAUCACAGAGGCUUUAGAGGCUGAACUUAUGAACCUUACCCCACCCAACGACUCCAGCCAUUCCUUAAGGGCAUUCGUUGACUCGGUGGAAAGAAUUUGCCGACAGUUAGAGGCAUUUGGAACGAUGGAUCAGUCCCCAUUCGUGUCCACAGUUAUCAAAACCAAGCUGCCCCAAUCUAUAGUUGCCAAGUUAAUUGAGAAGGAACGAUAUUCCCAAGCCAGAUGGGACAGUGCCAGACUUAGACAAGAAUUAUGUAACCUAGUUGAGAUUAGGAGGUUCAGUUGCCCCUCCCAUCCAUCAGAGAAAUGAUUACCGUCCUAGAACAGAAUAUAC